UCUCAAGCCACUGUCAAAAUUGAUGGUUCUGUACGAAAAAUCCAAAAAAUGGACGAGAUUUCCAAAAUUAAAAGCGGCGAUGAGACGGGGCUGUCCAUCGAGAAGGCGUGCGAAGACUACACGAAAAGCGUGAAAUUGGCCCUGAACUUGGUCAAUCAGCAGCUGGAAAAUGCCUUCGUGAAAAACUGCAACGGCUUGGAGGAACUGGCUAUGAAAAUCGCCGCUCGGACGAGUUUCCUCGAACGAAACCCCUCAUUUCUCUCCUGCCUAAUGUACAACAAAAACGACGUCAAAAACUCACCCUUGCUGGAGUUUGACGAAGUCAGAAUCACCCUCAAGGAACAUACGAAACGAAUCAACGAAAAACUGGACGAAAUUGAGCGAUUUCACACGAAAUUAUUCGACUUGGUGGUCUCAGGGGGCCGUGACCCGAAACUCGUCAACGAGUUCAAAAAACUCAAGACUUUGAAAGAACCCGAGGACGAGUUCCAGGACUGUCUUGAGAAAAUUGAAUCGAAAGGAUCGCUUCAGAAGGUCACAAUACAGGCAAAUGCCCUCUCGGACUCACCGUCACCCUCGGGGGAACCCCCGCUAAAAUUCCCGAUCUUUACCGACAUACAACCCGAAGUCCAACGCGGGAAACCCCAACAAGACCUCCACGGGAAAUUAAUGCAACAAUUGGUCGCGUCCGACAGUCUUGAGGGCUUCAUCAAGCUAAUGAAGCGCAAACCGGACGAAAAACGCCGCACUAAAGCGAAGAAAAGCCAAGAAUUGGAGGAAAAAUACACGGGGAGUUUGUGGUUUUUCCCCCAGAAACCGAGCAAAACGCAGUCGGCCAAGUCGACGAAAAGACACGACAGUUUGGCCGGAUCAACUUGUUGCAGUUUAUUAGUGACGAGUUCGCAGCCAAGUCCCGUCACUAACCAGGACCGGACUGGAAAAAUUCGCCAAAAUUUAGUGCGUCCAAAAUUGAAAUGUUACGACCUUUUGGACGAUAUUGACAAAAAUGAUGUGCAACCCAUCAAAAGUGAAUACCCCAGACGUGACAAUAUUGGCAACAUGAAACUGAAAGAAGCCAAAAGUUACUUGCACCGAAUGAUGGACGAGAAUGACACAGUUUGGAAAAAACUCCUAACACCGACUGAGAUUCGCGAGAGAAAACGAAAAUUAUCACAACUGUCACAACAAAAAGCACGAAACGUCAAAAACUUGAUUGAAUAUUUGACAGCACCUGAACAUAAAUAUUUGACACAACAAGUGCCACAACAAAGUCUCAUCGUGAUGCCCGUCAAAGUGAUCUAUGACAAUUUCCCCACGACAGAAAAAAGCGAAUCGCCGCGUCCCAACAUCUUAGUGACCGAUUUGACGAAACCGCCCGAAACGCCACGAAGUGGUAAACCUGACCUUGCGAAAGUCCCCGAAUGCCCACGAAGUGGUAAACCCGACCUUGCGAAAAUCCCCGAAUGUCCACGAAAUGCUAAACCCGACCUUCCGAAAAUCGCCGAAUGUCCCCGAAGUGUGCCGUUUCCGCCCGAACGCAAGCAAGAAAUGUUGGAACAAUUGCGCGGCUUGAAAAUGCGUAAUGACAACAUCCAGAAAAACAUCCAAAAAGCAAUCGAUGUGAUUGAGACGAAAAUGAUUGAUUUGUUAUCAUCACCAACGGAUGCGUCAAGUUCGGAGGCUUUUUGUGCCAUGGAACGGGAAAUCACCAAUGUGUUGAAAAUGAUGAACGAAAGUCAACGAGAGGAGCCGGAAAAGGACGAAGCCAAUCGUCCGAAAUUAAAACGAAUGGUGACGACAGUGAAACGAGAAGCUGGCGAUCAAGAAACGAAGAAAAAAACCGAAAUUAAACGAGAUAAAGUAAAAAUCAAGUCGGCACGUGACGAAGAGACCCGAAAAGCGGCGAAUAUCGAAGAGGGGGAAAGACUGCUCGGGCAGGUUGAUAGUGUUAUCAAAAAAAUCGACAGUAUUUAUACGAAAUUUUACGACGAUAGCCGAACGAAAAACAAACAUGAAAUGGGGGUUACUAACGUACUUGAAUUUUUCGACGGUUUGAAACAAAUAAUUGAGCCACCGCCUACUGUGGUCAAUUAUGUGAGUUACGAAGACAUACCAAAGGUGUACGCAUGCGCGUCUUGUUACUACCAACCAAUCGUCCAGUGUGACACGCGAUUGGUCCUCCCCCCACCACCGCCACAAAUCGAAGAGGAGGAAGAAACAUACGAAUUGUAUGAGUGUGACAAGGACGACAAACGUCACGUGUACACACUCAACGCCUUCUAUACGUUAUUUUUCUCGGGAAUUUUCGCAGCUCUUAACCUUGACUACGCCGCAUAAUAAAUCACAAAUAUUUACCUUCA